GCAGGCUAUAUCAGUCGCAUGAGCCAGCGUCUAUCCAAAAGAAUACGGGAGCACCUCCCAGCAUGGUUGAGCAAAGGGGAAGUCAGUAGUAUCAACAGCGCCAUUCUUGCCCACAUGGUUGACUCCGGACAUCGUGUUGACCUCAAGGAAGCCUUCAAGGUGAUUUACAGGAUCCCACCAAACUACCCAAAGUCCUUGGGUCAGCGGUUGCUAGCAGCAGCGGAAGCAACCGCCAUCCGGUUGAGGAAACCAGUUUUGUGCCCGCAGAAGAACCUCCUGCAAGCUCCGAGCCUAGCAUGGCCAGCGGCCACAUAA